GUGCUCAUUUCCCCGGCCAGACGUGCACUUUGUCAUUCAAGCCGAUAGCCAAGCGAAAUUAAACGUCUAACAGAGUUAUAGGUAGGCAGUUUUCAAGGAAAAUGUCUUCCUUAUAUUCACGGCUACCCAAGUUAUUACGCUGCGUAACUCAACGAGGAUUUCUAUCGCAGACGAGGUACAUUUUCGCACUCAAAGACUCGCGUGAGGAAAUAUGGUUCCGAAAACAAGGUGGGUUGAAAUAAUGUGCUUUUUGCGUUCUUUUUUUCUUACUGAUGCGAAUUGAGGGUUUAUUUGCAGUAUGAAAUUCGAGAAAAACGAUCAAGUGAGCUAUGGUUGACUAAAAUCUUAAAUAAUGGGCAAAGCUCAAGCUGAAGCCUGCUUUUUAUAUUAUGUGCUAUAAAUAAUAGUCUUAUGUAUUUUGACAUCAGUUUUCUUUUUCUUCCCUCAGAUCGAAGUUAUUAUACAUAUUCUCCUGAGCCGUUUCAUCCACUUCCCGGUAGAACUCCAGCUUGGAAAUCACCUUAUGAAGCUAUGGAAGUUAUCCAAUCAGGUCACUAACUAUAUUUUUGAAUAAGCUACAGCAGGUCUAGUUUCCAUUUUAGUGAUGCGAAGUUUGCAGCGAAUCUUAAUUAUCACGAUCAUUUGAAAGCAUUAAUUUUCUUGACGCUAGCUAGAGCAGUGUGGUAAAAAUAUUACUGAAAGGUCAUAGGAUCAUUAUUUCGUAAAAUUCUAAAACAUAUCAAUUUACCUGUGUUAAACCUGCGCUCUGCCAGUGUUUUGUGAAAGAACUGGGGUGGGGUGGGGGCAUUAUGGCUAGGGCUAGGGCUAGGCUUGGGGUCAGGCAUAGUGGGUAAACCCCAAAUAAUACAAGCUUUCACUCUAUAACGGUGUGAGAAAUCAGUUUGUGUCUGUGUACAGUGAAGAGAGUUGGCUGGGAUCUAGACUUGAUGUAUUCAAAAUGUUGAUUAUAUUUAAUAGAUAUUAGCAUGUUGUAAAUUUUUAAAUUAUUAUUAUUAUUAUUAUUAGAUUGAUAGUGUUAGUUAGUGGCAUUAGAGUAAAAGUAGAUUUAUGGAAACACAGAUGUGUAGCACUUUUUGUUGGAAUUAAUUCAAUUCAAGGUCAGAAAUAAAAAUAAAAAAAAUAAAUAAAUGAAUAAAAUUGUCAAAAGUUUCAGAUAAAACGUUAAUGAAAUGGAAACAACAAAUUAAAGGAAAUUUUUCAAACCUCUGACAAUUUUUUUGGGAGAUAUCUUCCAGUUUUCAAUCAGUCUGGCUAAAUCCCUACAGAUCCCUUUAACCAAAUCGCCCUUGCGACUUUUGCUGAAAAACGCAUUUUAUUAAAGCUAAUCAAGCAAUUUUCAGGUUGUACGCUUUUAAGCCUUUCGAUUCAGAAGCAAAACAUUAGCUUUCGAAGCUCAGGAAUACACAGAAAGCAAAAUUUCAAAAUAGUUUUUAGGUUUAAAAGUGUCUCAGCAGUCUUUACUUUUUCUUUUCAUUUUUUCUUUCACUUUUUUUGUCUCAUUUGUUUUUCUUUUGCUGGGCAUUUAGUAGGCUUCACUUUUGGUUAAAAGGUUUUGGGAGAGCUUUUAGAAUAUUAGGAUUAGGUGAAAGGAAAAGGUGGGUAACAUAGAGGAACAACUUAGAUUUUCACGGAAAGUUUCAGAUCAAUGUUUUUGCCUUUUUCUCUGGCCUCCUAGACCUAGUCGUGCUUAUUCUGGUAUGGUUUGAAAGAUCUCUUCACCCUGCACAAGUUAACGGACAAAGUUGUCCCUAAUUGUUAAAGUCACAAAUGGUAGAAGGGAUGUGGAUCCACACGGGUGGUUACAGGCAAUUCAGGGGCGAAUGGGUUAAUACUGAAACCUGCUUGCAUGUACUUACUUCGAUGGAUCGGAGUUAUUGUGCAAGUACCUUAUAAGUAUGAAAAAGCACUUUCUAUGUCUUUUAAAAAAUUAAUGUUAUAUCUUAUCACAUUUCUCUCUUUAGGAAUGAAAGUAUUCGUCCAUGGAGGUGCUGCUACUCCUCUUCCAUUACUUGAUGCUUUGGCUAAGAGAGGGCAAGAAGCCCAGUUAAAGAAUGUAGAACUGAUCCAUAUCCACACAGAGGCACAUGACAAGGUGGUAUCACCUGAGUUUGAAGGUAAUAAGGCCUGUUGACAUCUGCUAAAACAGUUUCACAGGGUAUGAGAAGCUCGUCAGUUUGGUCCUGAGAUAACUCAAAGACUUCCAGCAGGGAUUAAGGGUUUAAUGAAAGAAAGUCUUAUUAUCUCAUUUUAACACAAAAAUUUGGAACAGUAAACAUCAGUCAAAGGCAAAAUCUUCUUUGGUCGCUCCUGCCAUGUGAGAUAACAAAGAAACAUUGAGGGAUAGAAGUCUUGUAUCUCAUUUUAAGCUGGAACAGUAAAAUAAGAAUCUAUAUUAUUAUUAUUAUUUAUUAUUAUUAUUAUUUGUUGGCAGUGAUCUUGAAAUGAAAUAUUUAGGUUUAUUUUGAUAGUGAGUUUGCAGAUUUGGUGGCAGCAGUAAUUAAUACAGCUAGUGGAACCCUGUUAAUAUGGUCACCAACAAUGGGUCCACUUAAAAAAUUGGGCUGUAUUAAUAGGGUGGUCGUAUUACCAGGGUAGGGUCAAAUUUCAUAACCUGAGGGCUGUAAGAACAAAUACAUCAUACAUUGCAUUUGCACUUCUUGAACCACUAAUAAUUACAAAAACUUCUUGAAACUUUCCUGCGGUACUUAAAGCACUUUUAAAAAUCGGUUAUUUAACUGCCACAACUAAAGUGCUUGUGACGUGUCAAUUUCAUUGACCUGGUAAGGUGAGCCUGAUCUUUCGAUUAUCUUGUACUUGUACUGUUUUUAGACUACAGUACACUUGAAAUGUAAGAUAGUCGAAAGAUCAGGCUCACCUUAUUACUAGGUCAAUAAAUUUGGCAUGUCACAAGCAUUCUAAUUUUCUACAUUGUGAGUUUAGAAAGAGUUACUGUACUAAUGGGGUAAAAUUGUAGAAGAUUCUACUGUCUUGGUAUUCAAAAUGUGGCUGUUGGCCAUUUAAACGCAUCAAUAAGGGUUUUUAGGUACAGAAAUAUAUGGCUGCUUUACUGGGCUUAAAAACGUGGCUGUAAUAUUGAGGUGACCAUUUUAACGAGGUGGCCAUGAGGUGGGUAUCACUGUACAAGUGGCAGUAGAAUUCGCGGUAGGCUGAAGACAUGGCUGAAAAAAUAAUGUAAACAACGCACCAAGUUGCCAAUGAACAGUGUUCUUACCAGACCAUGGCAUUGUGGCAUGGCUGCACUUUUUCAGGAAAUGCCGCUCUUUAUAAUUAUUGUAUAGCCCAGGGAACCCAAGGGAGCAAAGAAGAAAUCAUUUCCUUAUAAUUAAUAUAAGCCAAAAUUUUAUUGGUUAUUAGCCUCGUAAGAAAACACCCAUCAUUCUCUGAGAAAGGAGUAUGAGGUAUUUACUCUAACUCAGACCUGUGAAAAUGUUGAGUUAACUCUAUCUAAAAUUGUGACCUGCUUUUCUCCCUCAUGAACCCCUUUUAGCUUCUCUAGUAUGGGUCCUGUGGACCUCAGUGUAGAAAAUCCUGGUAAGAACUCUGAAUGAACAUGUUUGUUAAUCUAAAGCGAUCACCAGGCAUUUUCUUUAGAUUUAGUUUGCUAUACUUACCUUGGAAAGAAAUCCUAUUGAUGUUCCAAAAAUUUUGAGGAGUACUUGUGACUUUUUGAGAAAGCGUGAGAAUCAGUUGUCAACUAGCUCUUGAGAGCAUGAGAUAUGUUAUUGGUACUUAAUUUUGUGGGAACUUAACUUUUAUAAUCAGGAAAAACAUGAAAUUCAAGUUAAGUACCAAUAAAGUAUGUCAUUAAAUUGUGAGACUCUUGACAAGGUCAUGAGAAAAUAUGAGUCUUGUCAUAUAUUUCCAUUCAAAAUCAUGUUGAGCCUUGGUAAGUCUGGUUUUACCACCAUAAAUUAAAAAUUUAAAACUUUCAAUGUUUUGAAAACUAGGAUGCCCUUUAUAACAGCUAGUAUGGAGCACUCCAAACAUUAGCAAUUCCUUUUUUAUGGCAAAUAAAUUGACUUUUAUCGAAAAAAAAAAAAAAAGCCCUGAUCCUAAACCCGCUAGCAAUACUGCAAAUUAGGGCAGCUAAUCCUUAAGUUAGUUCUUGAAAGCUACAUGUAUGAAAUCAAGGCAGUUGAACCUCUCCUCAAUAGCGACCGUGGGGACAGAAGAAAUUGGCAACUGUAGAGAGAUGCCCAUUUUAGAGAGGUUCAAACGAGUCCAUGUAUGGACUAUCGGCCAAAAAAGGGACUGUUGUGGGGAGGUGGUCAUUGAGGAGAAAUGGCCAUUUGAGGAGGUUUGACUGCAUGCUGAACAUCAAACAUAUUAUUUGCUUGUUGUCAGUUUUGAAGAUGGACAUAUUAAUCUAGUAAUAUUAACAAAACAGGGAAGAACAAAGCUGCAACUUGAGUAUUACUGAUCAAUAUUUCCAACUGUCAAUCCUUCUUCUUCGAGGCAUUGAUCUAGGUUGUCUAAUGUAAUAUUUCCGUCUUUCUUCGACCCUUCUUAUGGAAAAUAAUGUAUGUUAAGGAUAAUUAAUACUUGUAUUCUUCCUAUAUGUCAUCUUUGUUUUCUUAAUAAAAUAUUAUUUAUUAAGAUAAAAUAGAGGUUAAGCUCAAUAUGUAUAUUUUUUGUUUAGGAAUUUUUAGAAGCAAUUCUCUGUUUACUGGAGCAAACUGCCGUAAAGCUGUGAAUGAGGGUCGUGCUGAUUUUACACCCAUAUUUUUGAGUGAGAUUCCACUUUUAUUUCAUCGGAAAAUAAUUGAUCUAGAUGUGGCCCUGAUACAAGUCAGUCCUCCUGACAAACAUGGAUUUUGCACCCUUGGACCAAGUGUCGACUGUACACGAGCUGCUAUACAGAAUGCUAAGUACAUUAUAGGUAAGAUGGUCUUGAACUCAGAACGCAAGUAGCUUUGUGUUUCAAGUCUAUAGAUUGGUCACAUGGUUUUACUGGCUGUUCUUCCAUGCAUUGUGAUUUGUCAGUCAAGGAUGGUCACCAAGUUUGAAAAGGCACCAUCGAUCUUGAGUGCUCAUGGUGGAUGAAGACCUGGCGGAGUACAACUUUCCUUUCGGGAAUCCCCACAGACUUUUUUUUUUCCUCCCUGGAUUGGGAUGAGAGGUGAUUUAUUUCAAAUUGCUUUAAUUUGUCCACAUUAACCCCUACACCGAUGGGCAAUAAGUAUGAUGUGUUAUACUUAUACAUUGUACAUAUACAGGAUUAUGCAAUAAAAAUCAUGAUUUCAAAUCAUUAUCAUAUAACUGACAAGGAUACAAUACACAUUUAUGUAUUAUCUGCAUUUAAAGGUCUUAUUGAUUUGCUAAUCCUUUAAACUUGCAUGACUCUACCUCCAAAAUAUCAUGGGUUUCUGUAUUCCUGUAUGGAACCCAUCAAUGUUCUCAAAAUUUGAGGAAAAUAACUAUUGUACAAUAGCUGGCAGCAGUAGCAGGUUCUUCACUAGUGACAAUUUGUGGGGUGCUAAUUAAAUUUCCAAAGUUAAGAAACGUGUUUGUUUUGUAGGUGGCUUUUUAGUAUUGUUGAUUCAUUAUUCUUGGUUAAUUAGGACUUGUAAACCCCCGCUGUCCACGCACACAUGGCCCAGGAGGAAUUCAUCAGUCUCAUCUUGAUGUGCUUUGUGUACAAGAGUUUAAACUUCCAGAACUUAAAGUUAAACCAGAGUCACCAGAGGAGGCUAAAAUUGGUCAACUUAUUGCUGAGAAUCUUGUGGAUGAUGGUGCUACUCUCCAAAUGGGUCAGUUUACAUAUUAUUAAUUUUUUAUGCCAUACAAAGGUAAAGCAAAGUCACCAUCUAAUCAUAAUCUGUACAAUAUCUAACAAUGCAUUUGAAAUACACAGAAUUGUUUUAGCUCAUUGUUGUCCACGAAAAUGUAAAACUCGGAGACAGUUCCUCUGAAUAAUGAGAGGCUCUCACUUGUUAACACAAAAUGUGCCGAGAAAUACUACGGCAAGAAAAAAUAAGCAAUGACCUCAUUUUGUUACUCUCACUGAUUGGCAACUCCUAUGUAAUUCUAACUGAUCGUAACAAUUUUUUAUCUCCGUACCGUUCUGACUUUUUAUACCAUUCUAUAGCACAACCACGAAAUUAUGAACAAAUCUUAAAGGGCUUACAGUUACCCACGUGACCCUUAACGUGGCGUAUCGUAGGCUUGAUAGCUUAGGUCCAACAACCUUAACAGAAAUAGCUGAAUGCUGGGAGACAUACCGUCCUGUAAGCAAGUGUGCACGGUACGUACACUGUACAGGGUAAAAGAAAGUCAGUUUUACAGCCUGCCAUUCGGGCAAGCUGUAGCUAGCAUGUACUAGCCCACAAGCCAUUUCAACUAGCCCCAAAACCCUUUUUGAUUAGCAGGAUUGAUUACAAUCUUUCUGUAAUUUGAAUUUCCCCAAAGAACAGCACUUGCCCGUCGGGCAAGUUAAGAACAAAAAUCACCAGCCCGAUAGGAAAAUCCACUAACCCCGGGCUAUCGGACACGACUUCCUUUGCACGCUGUUGUACCAGAAAAACGUUGAAGACAAUUUUAAAAAAAAGGAAAACUAAAAUGAGUAAAGAAAAUUUUGAAAACAGUGCAGUUGCCUACGUAAUUCUGCUGUAGCUUUUUUUAAAACAACAUGUAUGUCCCUUUUUUCCCCCGAUUUUGCCUUAUGUAAAAUUCGUAACUGCUGCUUGCCGAUCCUAAGGCCAAGAGGUAUGAUUACCUCAACAUAAAUUUAAUCAAGUCACCCGCGUCAAAACGAUGUGAGAGACGGGGUGGGAUUAAUUUGGAAAACUGUGCGCACGCACCUCUGGUAAUUUUUAGUUACACUCAGGACUGACCUCAUCCCGUGAAUGUUGACAUACAACUCACAAACUUAUUCCAGGGCUUUCAAAUCAGCAACUGACCGUUAAACUCUUCUUCUGAUUCUUAUUUCCUUCACCUGUAUUAGGCAUUGGUUCCAUACCCGAUGCAUGUCUGAGCCGUCUAAUGGACCACAAAGACCUUGGAAUUCACUCCGAGAUGUUUAGCGAUGGCGUGGUUCCUUUGGUUGAGAGAGGAGCUGUAACCAAUGCUACAAAGAAAGUGUUGCCCGGACGAUGUGUUGGAAGUUUUGUCAUCGGAACGGAGAAAGUUUUUGAGUUUAUUGAUCAAAACCCUUUUGUUAGUAAGUUGCUGACAAUGUAUUCAAUUUAUCUGGUGUGUGUACGUUGUCUUCAAAAUUUGUCUGAACAGGAUUUGACCAUGGUCUUGAAGGCAUCCAAUUCAGGCGUAUUUUUUGGGGGUGCGGCCGAACGCUGCUUGUUUGUUUGUAAUACCGUGGCUGUCACCUUUGAUUUAUUACUGAGGUAGACAAAUGGAGAGAAGAAUCAACAUCCCUUGGGGUUCUUUUUACAACUGAACAAUGCGGUUACGUGAAAACCCCAGGGUAUUUGCCCACCCGAGGAAACACACUUGCACUGGACUGAUGGUAAACAGUGGUUAAUAAUAAUCCUAAUAACAUUAUAUUUACAGAUGGAAAACGAAAAUGAAUUGCACUGUUAGACAAAAUUGUCGUGUCAAACUAUAGAUAGAUCAACAUGAUCCGAAGUGGAAUUUUACUCCAAAAACAUAGAGAUUUGGAACGCUGUAUAAACUUUAUCACCCAACCUACGAAACCAAAAAGGAAAGUGCAAGGUACACGUACGUAAAUUCUGUUAACAGCUGGUGAUGGAACUCAGAAAAACCUCCUUCCAGAGGUCGGGGUUGGGAUGAAAGAGAUAUUCUUGGAGCAAAAAAAAACAAGAAUGAUAAUAAUAAUAAUAAUAAUAAUAAUAAUAAUAAUAAUAAUAAUAAUAAUAAUAAUAAUAAUAAAAUAAAAAUCGAUCUUUAUUUUUUUUAGUUAUGUUGGAUGUUGGCUUUGUGAACUUAGUGUCAAUAAUCAGUCAGAACCCCAAGGUCACGGCAAUAAAUUCAUGCAUUGAAGUGGACCUUACUGGACAAGUUGUCUCGGACUCCAUUGGAACAAGACUAUUCAGGUGUGUCUACCCUGUAUCUAGCUGCGUCAUCCGCAUACCAACAUUGGCUAGCUGCGCUCUUGACUUGUAGUCGCGUUAUGAGAGGCUGAAGGCUGAUGGCGUAUAGGCUCAUGGCAAGUGGGUCGCCCUGUGUAGUGCCUUCGGAUGAUCUCAGUUCCCGUCCGCCAACAAUGAAGAGGCGUGCGGGCUCCCUGUAAGUAUUUAUUGCGUAGGUUGCUAUUGAUGGGCAUAACACUCUAAUAUUAUGCAGGGCGGCGGCUCUGUUCAAGGAGUUGAAAGGCGUUCGACGCGUCUAUAAGCAGAACGGCGUCGCUGUUGUCAUGUUCAAAAGUUCCCGCAUUGCGUGAAUGGCCGCCUGCUCCCCACUCUUAUGACCAGCGCACACUUGUAAAGAGCCACUCGCAUCUAUAACAUCCGGUUUGGUGACCUUCGUGACACACUUUCCAAUAAUCCUCCUUAACACUUCGCCUACUCAAUCGGUCGCACCGCUCCUUCCCCUUGUCGAGGGAAUAAGCCGAUUCGCUAAAAUUGCUUCCAGACCCCGAGGAUCGAAUAAUAAUAAUAAUAAUAAUAAUAAUAAUAAAAUAAAAAUCGAUCUUUAUUUUUUUUAGUUAUGUUGGAUGUUGGCUUUGUGAACUUAGUGUCAAUAAUCAGUCAGAACCCCAAGGUCACGGCAAUAAAUUCAUGCAUUGAAGUGGACCUUACUGGACAAGUUGUCUCGGACUCCAUUGGAACAAGACUCUAUUCAGGUGUGUCUACCCUGUAUCUUAAGGGAAAUUCUAGUUGAAUCGUGCCGAUGAGGCCUUCAGUUCCUGACCCUGUGUAAGACAAAAAUCCUUCAUUUCACUUGAAAACCCUGUUUCAGACGAGAGACUUUAUCCUAUGACCCUGAUUUAUUUCUUUUCGCAUACAGAAUUAAGUAUCUUUUUUAAAAACGCUGACAUCUUGGAAUGAGAUUUUUUGGAGAAAACAUUUUUGGUACCGCAAAUGUAUAUCUUUUUUGGGCAACCUUUACACUCUUUUAAAGGCUUCCGGUCCAAAGAGGCGUCCUGUUCAAGAUCCUAAAUUUUUAUUACGCCCACCUUGGAACAGUUUGCAAGCUUUAACACCUCCUGUCACAUGAAAGCUCAAUUCUCACGACAAGGAGUUUCAGUUGAAUGGUCACAACAUGUCAUGUGUCUCUGACGAAGAGCUGGCGCUUAAAAAUUUAGCCUUUGAAUCUCAUUACGUAGGUUGCCCUGUUCACGCUAUGGAUUCCACUGAUAACAACACAAAACAUGCAUUAACACAGUUUCGUUUGAAAUUAUCCGAGCCUUCUUAUCACUUCAAUAUCUCAUCAGUUUACUUUGGCCAUCAUACCCUGAUAUAGUUUAUGAACUUUCUUUACUUUGUUUUUUCUUUUCUUCUUUUCUUUAUGAACAGGUGUUGGAGGUCAGGUGGACUUUUUACGAGGUGCUGCACUUGGUUCAGAUGGUCUGGGAAAACCAAUCUUAGCGCUCAAUUCUGUCACCAAAAGAGGAGAGUCGAAGAUUGUACCUUUCUUAAAACAAGGUAUACUAACGCUUGUUGUAGUCUCAGUCUGAACCGAAAUGUGUGGAAAUUUACAACAGACAAUUGAUACUCCGCUAAAUUUCUGUACCUCAGUUUAAGGCCUCGCGUUUUUGUUUAUGUGGGGAAAAGUUUUCGCUUUCGCGAGCGUUUAUAUGAGAAAAAAAGGUGAAGCUGUGAACAGCACUCGCGCAUGCUCUGAUUGUCUCGCCUUGGCCGAGUUGGCCCGCCUGAUCGAGCCAAAGUGCUUACAACUAUUUCUAGAAAGGUUGUCGGAAAAAUGUGCACGCGACAAUCCCGAAAGGCAAUAUGGGAUAUGUUCAAUACACUGUUCCUGACACUGUAGUUGUCGAACCUACUUUUGUUGCUUUCCUUUAGCACUCGCAGACAUAUGUACACUGCCUCUCCUGCCAUUCUUUCAAAUUUCUUUGGAAAAACAGUGAACUCAAAACCACCCACAGUACCUUUCGAGGUUGUCGCGUGCACUUUAUCCGACAACCUUUCUCGAAACAUAGCUGUAUAUGGAGAAAAGUUAGCCUGACAACCAGUGUGAUCCUAUCAGUGAAAAAAGGGUGACCCGGCAAAGACGGUCACCUUUCUACUAGCCGAGCCAACUUUGUGCUUCUCAAGUAAACGGUUGGCCAAGUCUUGUAAGGAAAUGUUGGAAAAGUUGGCUCGCUCGCCCAGGGGAGCUCGUGCAGGCGAGUCACCCCUCUACCUGGGCGACAUGUUUUCACCAAUACACGGAGCCUAAGUGCUGGACUUAGGAAAGGGGGCCGACGUUGAGUUGUACUUUGAAAAUAAACAUGUCGAACUCACACUGUUUUCUAUCAAGCAAUUUAAUUUAGUUACUUAUUUUUAUUUUUAUUUCAAAGAUAUGUUUGGUGCAGCGGGUUAACAACCCUUAUGAUCUUCUUCUGUUAGGUGGUGGUGUAGUAACUACUCGUGCUCAUGUGCAUUACAUCGUGACUGAGUAUGGGAUUGCCUACUUGUUCGGCAAGAACAUUCGUCAGCGAGCUCAUGAACUGAUACGAAUCGCCCAUCCUGAUCACAGAGAAGCUUUGGAAGCUGCUGCCUUUGAACGGCUUAAAUGCAUGCCCUCACCUGAUUAAGCUACGAGCUUGGCACGAGAUUCAGUGUGAACCACACACACAGUUUCGUUCUUUUUUGCGAAUCCCCAUAACGUACUCUGAUUACUCCCCCUCCCCACUAUUGCUAAUGUGGAGCUUAAGAUCUGACGACGGCGACGGCAACGAGAAUGGCAAAAAAGCAAAAAGGUUUAGAUUAGCAAAACAGCAACUUUGCACGCUUUUUUGUACCUUUCUUUGCCGUCGUUGCACGACUACAACGUGAAAGUGCCUAAUUUCACGUUUUGUCGAGGACGGGAACAGAAGACAACAACUUUCUUUUUCUUUUCAUGAACUUUGAUACAGUCCUUUAGAAUUCAACUCCACAAAAAUUUGCCAACAUUUGACGAAUUAAAGGAGAUGGAAUGAGCGUCAUAAAGUUUACAAUAGCCAGCAUUCACUAUUUAAGAGACGUUUUCGUAGCCUCCGCCGUCGUCGGGUCUUAAGCUCCCUGGCAAAAUUUGGGGGUGGGGGUGGGGAAUGGUAAAAAGAGUUUAUUAAGGGGGAUUCGAAAGUGGUUAAUGUAUCAUGACUUAAGGGAGAUGGUUUUUUUACUAAGGGUUCUUUACCAGGUGUCUCCGGUCGUAGACUACGAGCAGUCACUAAUUUUUCUUCAAAGUUGUAUAUUGAUCCUCAUAAACACUCUUUCUACAUUGGGUACAGUAAACAAGAGAAACAAGAGCGUAAAGCACAAGAAUAAAAAGUAAGAACGUUUUGUGCGUCUCGUCCCCAGUCGUGCCGGAGCGGCCAUGGAUUUGCCCGCGUUUUCGCUUGGCAGUCCAAGAAAAACGAGGGGCGACUUGUAGUCCACCUCGGUCGUAUUUAUUUUUACCCGAAAACAUUACAAAUUAAAGGGGCGUGCUCACUUAAUUUUAUACAAUUUCAGCAAUUUCCAACUCGUCGUAGAGUUAAAACCGCUCAAAACUGUAGACUGAAGAAAUACUUGGAUGGACAGAUUGAAAAAGGUCUGACGUUUUCCGAGUUUAUCUAAAGUUGUGUAAAAUUGUGUAUAAUGCCAUGCGGCAUUCAUUUGAUAGAGGACAUCUUUUUGUAAUUUCAUUUGAAGUCUACAGCUCGUUAUUGACAAAAAUGAGCAAAAAUAACUAAAAUACAGAAAUUCUACAAAGCCAUCUCCUCGACAGACUACAGCUAUUUACCUAUUUUAAAAUCUUGUAAUUACGUUUCUCAGUUGCUAAGGGUAUCCUAGAUACAGUAGAUAAUAUUAUUUCAUGACUUUUCAGGUCGAAAGUACAAGAGAGAAGAGGUUUUAGCACUUUUUUUGCCAUGAAUUAACACUAGUAUUAGAUUAUCGUGUUGUUUUUUUAGUGCCGCCGGUAAAGUUCCUUGUUUGCACUACUAAAGGAUGGAAACUUAAACUAAACUGCAGUAAUAAAGUAUUAUACAAAGUA